AUGUCCGACUCGGGACAUUCGCGGGUCUCUCAGGAUCUCACCGGACAGUCCUUGGGAAACACAGGGGCUGUGGUUUUGGCUGAUGCCUUGAGGGGCAACUCAUCACUUCGGAGUCUUUGCCUGCGGUGGAACUCCAUCCAAGAAAGUGGCGCUUCAGCUCUGGCGCUGGCGCUGAAAGAUAGCCAACUUCGAAGUUUGGAUGCUUUCUGCAAUUCCUUCGGCAACAGUGGCGUUCUCCAUUUGGCUCGUGCCUUGGAAGGGCACCCAUACCUCACCGACUUGGACCUGGGCUGGAAUUCAGUGGGAGAUGAAGGAGCUGCAGCCCUGGCUGACUUCUUGACAAAGAAUGUCACCCUCUGUGAUCUAGGCCUUGAGCAGAAUCUCAUUAAAGAAAAGGGUGCAAAGAUGCUGGCGGAGGCUUUGCAGCAGAGCAACCUUCUGAAGCUUCGUCUGAAUGGCAAUCCACUUGGUGAGGCUGGGGUCCAAGCCUUUGAGAUGGUCAGGCCUGAUGUGGACAUGUUCAAUUCUGCGAGGUCUCAUGGCAAAGAAAUUCCCAAGACAGAUGAAAGCGAGAGAGCCUUCAGACUGUCCUUAGGGUUCAACGCCUUCGGUGCCGGAAAAGCUGGGUGUGAAGAAAGGGCUGGAAGCAACGAUGACCCAGCUGACCUAUAG